CUUUUGUAGGCAGGAGUGUCGGAGUGUGGGCAUACAAAUAGAAACAAAAUUUAAAAUUACCUUCUCACAAUAAAUUUAUGAGAUGGUUUUUCAUUAUUAUUAUUAUAUUCAUUUUGCGCAGUUGCAGUUGCAUCAAGUAAUCAAGUUUUCUCAGUCGAAAAUUUAUUUUUAUCCAAUUUAAUUGCGUAAUAUAAUAAUAUAUGAAAGUUUAUCGAUAUAUACCAUCUCAUAUGUCGAGAUUUAAUUUUUCUCGGUCACAUAUCGCAAUUUCUUUAUCAGUAACAGACUACAAACAAUGAAGUGGCUACAGUAACCGAGGAUGGACAGUUUGCCCCCAGAGCUGAUACAAGAAGUCGCUCUUUAUCUGCCUCCUCGGGACAUCAUCAAUUGUUCGUUGGUAUGCAAGCAUUGGAGCGAAGCACUGAACAUAGACAAAAUAUGGAAAAGGGUCACUUGUCAAGUUUUUGGCGUGGACUGUUCCAAAGACUGGUCCCGUAAGCAUUUGCCAAAAAGUAUUUCAGCGGAGUUUUGCAAGUGGCGGCGAUUGUUUUUAGUAAAUUGCCAACUCUGUCGGAACUGGAGGAAAUGGCCCAUGAAAGACUCCAUAGACCGAGAAACGGGGGUUCUCGAUUUAUCCUUUAUCAAUCUGUCUUUCAACGAUGAGGACUUAAUUAUAUUGUACAGUAAAGAAAAACACUUAGAUUAUGUAAUGUAUAUUUGGAAUAUAAAUGGUGAACAGCCUGUUCUUUAUCAAAAGAUAUCAGGUGGAUUGAUAGAUGAAGUGGUCGUUAGUUUUUUCCAAUUGAAUCAUCACACUCUUAUUAUCCUUCAAGAGGCCAUAUUUCAUGUUUUUAAAAAAGGCUCAGAUUCUAUGUACAGACUCAGUACAAGAUUCAUUAUCAACCUUAACAUUCAAUUUGAUCAUAUUUCUGAGUGGGUUUCUUUGAUAGGUAAGCAUAAAAUUCGUUCAGUUGCAAGUUACUGCAAUGAAAAUUAUUUCAUAGCUUCUUCAGUAAAGGAUAAACAAGAACAAUCUAUUUUUAUAUAUAAUUUUGAUAAAGAUUGCUCAACUUCUCUUUUAGGUUUUGAAGAUUCGGAAUUAUGCGGUCUGUUUUGGACAAAGGCUUACAUUAAAAGAAACGGUAGCAAUCCUUUGCUGAUAUGCAUUGAUCUUUCAACGCUAAAAACAAAAUUUACCUUGCCUUAUUCUAAAUAUAAAGAUAUUCAUUGUAAACAUAAGUACAUAAUUUUUAUAGACCCGGAUAUCGAUGUUUUAGAAUUAUGGGAUAGCUUCAAUGGCACUUUUGUUAAAUGCCUUCCGUAUCAGGGUCAAAUAAUGAACUUUACCAGCUCGGGAGAGUUUUUCUACACUGUCUGUCGUAAUGACUUAGGCGAGGUGAGGGUGUACGAUGAAAACAAUAAUCAAGUCAGCUGCUUGAGAGUGAGCUAUGGCUUUAUCAGCUUUUCUUUCUUAUGGUCUCGCUUUGCUGUCGUACGAGGUGUCAUUCAAAGCACCGGCUACCAACCAUUUUACUCAUACUUUGAGCUUUGGGACUUUGGUGCAUUGGUUGCUAAAAAAAUGCAUACUGUUCGUGAUACCUCUUUAAAAUUGUUUAUCAAUAAGUCUAAAACAAAAGCAGUUGUUGUAAAAUUUAAGGCAGGCUGUGAUAUUGAAUGUAUAGAGAUUGUUAAUUUUUUGUCAAAUUUUAAUUAAUGAUAGUCGAAUUUUUGCCAAAAUUUAAUUAAUUAUAGUUUUGUCA